GACGUGCCUUGCGCGGGAGGAGGUGACGUGUCCUGGGGAAGAUGGCGGCGGUGGCGGCGGCCGGGCAGGGCGAAGCCGACGAGCUUUUCGACGUCAGGAACAAUUUCUACAUCGGCGCCUUCCAGGCGGCGAUCAACGAGGCGCAGCGGGUGAAGCCCUCCAGCCCUGAAAAAGAAGUGGAGAGGGACAUCUUCCUGUAUCGGGCCUACAUUGCCCAGAGAAAAUAUGGCGUGGUGCUUGAUGAAAUCAAGCCUAGCUCGUGUCCCGAGCUCCAAGCCGUGAGGAUGUUUGCCGAGUACCUUUCCAACGAGAACCAGAGGGACGCGAUUGUGGCCGAGUUGGACAAGAAGAUGGCCAAGAGCAUGGAAGUCUCCAACACGACGUUCCUGCUGAUGGCAGCGUCCGUGUAUUUCCACGACCAAAACCCAGAUGCUGCGCUCAGGGCCCUGCACCAGGGAGACAGCUUGGAAUGCAUGGCCAUGACCAUCCAGAUCCUGCUGAAACUGGACCGACUUGACCUCGCCCGGAAGGAGCUGAAGAAGAUGCAGGAGCAGGAUGAGGACGCGACCCUGACCCAGCUCGCGACGGCUUGGGUGAACUUGGCAGCGGGGGGUGAGAAGCUGCAGGACUCCUAUUACAUCUUCCAGGAGAUGGCUGACAAGUGGUCCCCCACCCUCCUGCUCCUGAACGGCCAGGCGGCCUGCUACAUGGCCCAGGGCAAGUGGGAAGAUGCGGAAGGCGUGCUCCAGGAGGCUCUCGACAAGGACAGCGGCCACCCUGAGACGCUGAUCAACUUUGUCGUCCUCUCGCAGCACCUGGGGAAGCCCCCAGAGGUUACUAACCGUUACCUGUCACAGAUGAAAGAUGCCCACAGGAACCACCCCUUCAUCAAAGAGUACCAGGCCAAGGAGAACGAUUUUGACCGCCUGGCUUUGCAGUACGCCCCAAGCGCGUGAGGCUCAUGGGACAGGAGAAGAACCCCAGACUACGCUCUGCAAAGCGGGAUUUAAACC